GGAGCUGGGAGCUCUCGCUGAUGAGGCAAUCUAGCAUAUUCUUGCAUAUGCACAAGCAUUGAUAACAAGAGUCUUGAUGGAAACAUCAUAGGAAGAAUAAUAAAUACCCAACGCGUCUGCUCGCUCAUUCAUGCUCGUAGUCCUCCUCCCCGGACGCUUCUCUCUUAUCUCUCCUCCAACCUCCCCAAUUAGAGACUGAUUGGACGUCACAGAGGAAGCAUCACGUACAGCCCAUCCCUUUUGUUCCAUGGUAUAAAACGAAAUCAACGCUUGACAUUCCUUCUUUCUCCAUUCACUGCACACAGCACCGGACAGCCCAGCGCCGUGCAAGUCCCGUAGUAACCUUGGAAGAUUCGCACAUUUGAAAUUAGAUUAAAUCUUGGGAUUAUCAAGUCAAAUCAGAGUCAGAGUCAGAGUCAGAGUCAGAGUCAGACCCAGAUUCAGACCCAGAAUCAGACGCAGCCAGAAGUCUUCGAGUCUACCUGCCUCCCAGCUAUCGUCCGUAUCUGUAACCGCACUGAACCGUUUUUGCGCCAAUCCCAGAUAAUUUCCGACCACCAACUUCUUUCUACCUGACCAGUUACUACCUACGACCUACUAUCUACUACGCAUACACGGUCAAAUCCCCCAAAAAGGUGGAAUCUUAUUGUUCUUCCGCCUUCAACUUUUCUCUCGACAUCAACAAAACAUCCUCGCCGACGCAUCAUUUUCAAUCAUUCAUUGGCUGCACCUCCAUUAUCUCUUCUUGUUUGCUGAAUACUGAAUACCCUAUACCCAUCAAAAUGGGAAGCUUUGUUUUCAAGUGGGAGCAUCCCGCGGAAGAGGUCUUUGUCACUGGAACAUUCGAUAACUGGUCCAAGAGCGAAAAAUUAGUGAAGAAGGGCGAUGUCUUUUCGAAGGACGUCCAACUGGCAAACGCUGGAGAGAAGAUUUAUUACAAGUUCGUCGUCGACGGUAACUGGGUUACAGAUCACACCGCUCCCCAAGAAAACGACGCAUCAGGAAAUUUAAACAACGUCCUCACAACAGAGAGAAUUGUCAAACAUACGCCCGCCACUGCUGGAAUCAUGUCUGGCGUUGCCCCAACCUCAACUACGUCAGAAUUGGCAAAGGAUGUUCCUCUUGAGAAAGAGAAAUCCCCACUCAGCCAAAAUGCCUCUUCAGAUUUGCCUGGAGCAUUCCCCGAAACCCCUGCUGCUGUGGAAACUGGUGAUUUCUCUGUGAAUCCUCUGCCCGCUGUAGAUGGUGCUGUCAAUCCUAUCAAGCUCGCACCAGGAGAGAGUGUUCCACAUCCAAGCUCUUUCACCACCAACGAUAUCACUUCUGGCGUACAUGAUGACCCCGAGCUUGUCGCUGCCGACAAAGCAAAAUCCGAAGCCGAGUCUACGUUUGGUGUCUCGCCGCUUCCCGCUUUUGCUAGUGCAGUAAACCCAAUAACACUUGCGCCUGGAGAGAAAAUUCCCAAGUCAAGCGACUUCACUACCAACACCAUCCACUCAGCUGUUCGCACCGACAAGGAAUCUUAUGAAAAUAGCGAUGCAUUGGGACAUGCUCCCAUCCUUCCUCCAGUUGUCACUCCUCAAGCGGAGCGGGAGCUGAAUGGUACUGGAAUUCUCGGUCUGACUUCUACAACCAAGAACUUGAUUCCCGAAUCAAGCUUGCCAACUGGAGCAGAUGAAGCAGGAACAUUUGAUGCGACAAACCCAACCAUCCAGUCUGCCGGUCCUCAAACCACAACAUCAAUCCUUGCCGCCAAGGUUCCACUCGAAUCGACAAAGGUGCCAGAGGUUGUCAAGGAGAGCCAAAAAGAAGCAGGAUUUGCUCCAGAGGCUAGCGCAAUUCCAUCCGAAGUUUCUGAGAAGAGCGCAGUUGAGAAAGAACUUAAGAGGGAAGUUGAUAUUGCUCCAACAACUUCCGAAGGGAUUGCUGGACAGGGCACAACCAAGACCGAAAAAACUGUUACUGCAGGUGAGGCUGCCGCUGCUGUUGGAGCUGCUGCCAUCGCCGUAGGAGGUGCUGCAUAUGCUGCCGCUUCUGCUAUCCCAAGUAAGCUCCCGGAGAGCGUUACAAGCAUUCCAAGCAAACUUCCAGAGACCGUUGCAAGCAUUCCAAGCAACCUUCCAGAGAGCUUGACCAGCAAAUUGCCAGAAUCUGUUCAACAGUCCAUCCAAUCUAUCAACGCUACCGGCACUGUUGACCAAACAACUGCCAAGGACACUCCAGAAAUCGUUAAAGAAUCAAUUGUUGAGUCUGGACAAAGCCCAGAAGCUGCUGCCAACGAAGAAGCUGUCCUUGAUAAGAAGGCUGUCGAGGCAGAAUUAUUGUCUGGGGUCAAGCCCGAGACAUCCACUGCCAAGGACACCCCUGUGGUUGUUAAGGAAUCAAUUGCUGAGUCGGGUCAAAGCCCAGAGGCUGCCGCCAACGAAGAAGCUGUCCUUGAUAAGAAGGCCUUCGAGAAGGAAUUGUUGUCCGAGAUUAAACCUGAAAACUCAACCGGUGAACCCGCACCAAAGAUUGACUCGACAAGUGUUGUUGAGCCUUCUGAAUCUGCUGCUUCUACUGCACCAGUUGUCACCAGUGGAGUCACCUCUACAGAGGUCCCAAGCACCUCUGCUGCUACUGCCCCAGUUGUCACCAGUGGAAUCGCCUCUACAGAGAUCCCAAGCACCUCUACUGCUACUGCCCCAGCUGUUACCACUGGAGUUGAAUCUACCAACGUUCCCACCAUCUCUGAACCAACAGCAACAGAAACAAAGCCAAUCGAUUCCAGAGAUGUUUCACCACAUACCGGUCCCGCCACCGGAGACGACGCUACACCUGUUGUUUCUAGUGGAUUGGGUUCUACAACAGUUCCUGAAACUUCGAGUUCUGCACCAGCCACUCCCCCAAAGGAGAAUGCUACCCUAACCCCCGCAAAGUCCUCUGCCGAAUCCGCCACUCCAUCCAGCACCAACGCUGCAGACAGCUCUGCUAAUUCUGCCGCGGCUGAUAAGAAGAAGAAGCGUACCAGCUUUUUCGGCAAGUUGAAGGCAAAAUUCCACAAGGAAUAAGUGGAUGAAAGUAGUGACUGGAUAAAAUGGUUGUGUUGAGACACACAGCGAUUAUACUCUGGGAGGCACACCUUUUUCCUGAACUGUAAGAUACUACCAGAUCCUUGUUUGCCUUGUCCCAGGAGUAUGUAAUGUGGAGGAAGGGGUUCAAAUUGGGAUAAGCGUAAAUAGGAAGGGAAGAGUGUGGAUUGUGCUUUUUGAUACCGGCUGAGUACCCUUGCCCGCCCUUGUUGCAUUGAAUUUUCUAGUUCUUGUUUUACAAAGUUACAAAUGGUUCUCUUGACUUCGCCGACAUUCUGGUGUUAGUUGGUAUUUAGUCUAGUUAGUGAUUGAUUGAUGAUGAUGGGUUUAGUCAAUUCAUGAAAGAUAAAUUGUGAGUGGAGGAAAGCAAGCAAGCGUACCACUUUGGAAAAUUGUAAAUAAAGGCUUUCCUCUCGUCUCUCUAAUGAAUAAGAAUGCAGUUUCA